CUAUCAAAUGUUAGUGUAUACUUUUGUAAUUUGAGAUAUAUUUUUAAGUGUAGGUGUAGUAGGAUUGUUUUUUAAAAGAUGAGACUUGGCCACAUGAUUAAAAUCAUUGACCGACACCACACAUGGGCACAUAGCACACUGUGUCUGGUGUAGAAAUAGCAUUGGUAAAUGGUUCUUGAAGCAAGAACGUUAGAAAUUCAACCGUCAAUGGCAGAAGUUGUGGUCUUCUCUACGGGCUCCGUUGCAGCUCCCUCUCCUGCAACCGGGGAAAGAUCUAAUGUCUCAAGAGUGGACUUAACCCCGUGGGAUUUGCAGUUCCUCCAAGUCGCCACCAUCCAGAAAGGCCUUCUCUUCCACAAACCCAAUCCUCAACAACAACAACAACAAGAACAGAGCCUCUUCACCUCCACCCCCAAAUUGAUUCAGCACUUAAAAACCUCUCUGUCCUCCGCCCUGUCUUUCUACCCUCCGGCCGCCGGCCGCUUUGCCGUGGAGACAGACCAGGAGAAUCACACCUCUACCCUUCACGUGGAUUGCAAUAACGCCGGCGUGGAGUUCGUCCAAGCCAAGGCCGCCGGCGUCACCGUCGCCGCGAUUCUCGAUCCGACCAACCCCGACGUCUCCCAGAUCCUCCGAUCUUUCUUCCCCCUCAACGGAGUCCUAAACGCCGACGGAAUCGCCAAGCCUCUGAUGGGCGUGCAAGUGACGGAGCUUCACGACGGCUACUUCAUCGCCUGCACUCUAAACCACGCCCUCGCCGACGGCACCUCCUUCUGGAACUUCUUCCAUUCUUGGUCGGAAAUAUCCCGCCGCGGAUGCCCGCAGAUCUCAAAACCUCCUUCCCUCAAACGCUGGUUUUCGGGCAGCAUUCCCUGCCCGAUUCCUCUGCCGCCCCGCAAAGAAUUCCAACCGGAAAUCUUCUCAUUAUCCUCUCCGAGAACAGAGACGAUGUUCCGCCUGAGCAAAGAAAACAUCGCCAAGCUAAAAGAAAGAGCAAACUCUGAAGUAAUGGUUACAACCACCGCCGCCGCCGCCCCAAUCAUCUCCUCCCUCAUGUCAUACAUGGCUUGAUAGAAUUUAUAAUUAGGAUUGGGUAGAGACAACUGGAUUGGGCAAUAAGACACUUGGGUUGAACCACAUUAAAAGAUUGAAUCCAAU